AAACCAUCCGACAAAGGGCGCCACAAGUGUUGCACACGAUGGCGCGGCAAGCUUGGUCGAAACCGAUAGUGAGGACCCAAGAUGGCACGGGAUUUUAUGGCCACGAUUUCGUGAGUUUGAAACUGAAGAAGACAGCAGCUACUUCUACUACUUUUGAUUAGAAUUAGGCCCAUCCUCAUGCAGCAAAGUAGGAAUAUGUAGACGCACCACAUGAAGAGCGAAUACGUCAGGCUUUUCGACUUCUUCCGACAUUAGUUUUCGAUCUUGGGAGUCUUGUUCUUGUUGGUGCUCGGUAGUAGUUAUAUGACUGUGCAACCAACUUCGUUUCAGGCACGAAAAAGCCUGAGACUCGUGCUGUUUGUACCAGUACAGGCGAUUUUCUUAUUCUUAUCGCCUGUUAAUAGUGACGGAGCCGCCGCUCCACUUGCUUCUAACAUUCGCGACAACCACAGUCACAACGACGACGCUCAGGAACCAAAUGCUGCGAAAAGCAGAGCUUGGGGCUUCGUUCAGCGAUACCUCAGAAGGGGCCACAAGUGAGGCGCCUGCAGCUGGCAACGAAUAUCCAAAGAGUCAAAAAAAGGGGAAAAGGCCCUGA